AUAAAAUUUAGAAGUCAAAAUAGAAUAUAAAAUAUGACUUUUGGGACUAAAAUAACAUAAGACAUACAAUGCAAUCAAAAUCUUUCCAAAAAGAAAUGAUAAUUGAAGGAAAUUAUCCUGAGCCAACCCCAAAGCGAGGACCCAAGCUGAUAUAUAAGGUUAUGUUCUUCGCGAUUGGUAUAUUGUCAGCCCUCACAAUUUGCAUACUGAUUCGAUUAUCAAACAAUUUGACCAUGGAAAAGAAAAAGGAAGCUUUGCGACGUUUCGAGGAGUUUACAAGUCAUGUCAUUGAACAAAAUAAUCAUCCAAAGUGAAUAUAUGUAUGCAUACAGGAUCGGUAUAUGCACAUAUUCCACAAAUCAUUUGGAUCACUUAAACUGGUACAUUGGAGUUCUUUCGCAAUCUACUAAUAAGGAGCAUCAUAAUUCACGAUUUAUUUAUGUAUAUUUCAUAGUUCAGCUUUGUGAUAUAAAUAGAAUUUUAAUAAAUAAACAAUAAG